AUGUUCUCGCAACAAGAAGGCUCGUGCAUAUCCACCGAGGAGAUACCGGAUCUGAGUGCGCCAUUCGAAGACGUUCUCGGAGACGCGACGGAUGCUCCGCAGAUACUCGUCAGAUUUGAAAGUGUAUGGAGUGCUAUAAGACUAUCAUACGAGAACAAUAUGCUAUUGACACGUGAAGAAGCCAAGCAUGUCUUCGACUCGACUAUGGAGAAGCUGCUUACACAAAUCUAUGCCGCUCACCAAGAGGAAAUUACCAGUGUUAGUCAACAGCUGAGUGUUAUCGGGAAGGAGAGAGACGAGCUGAAGGCUCGACUCGAUGGACUACAGCGGGACGAUGAGUUACCGUAUUCCCUCAAUGAAACAGCAUACGAACAAGAUGUCUCUUCGGCUUUCAUCAACCCUCCGAAUGCACAAGCACCGUCCGAACAACUUGAGCAUACAUUAUCUCAUCUAACUAUCGAUUCGAUAGGAACGAUGAACUUUGAUGGCGGCGCCCAGCUUGUCGACGUGGAUAUGCUUGGUUAUAAUGAUUCGCCAACUCACUCCCCGCCACCGGCCAUAAUGCCUUCUGGAAACGAGACACCGCAACCGACGAUCGAUCCGACUGUGCUUCACCCCCCGGCCUCCACUGGCCCCGGUGAGGGCGAAAGAGAACUCGACCUCCUGGUAGAACAGAAUGAGAAGCUUCUCAGGAAGACUCAGACACUGCAGCGCAAGAUCGCCGAGCAGCAAAGGGAAGUCGACGGUCUCAAGGCCCAGAUUAUGAGCCAAUGGUGCCAGCGUCACAAAGACACCGCCCGAAACGUGAAGUUGAUACAGAAAGAAUAUCAGGAACAACUGCGCUCCAGUAUAGUGAAAGACGGCCCCGACAAACAGACCACUAAUUCCAAGAAGCGGUCUCUGACCGACGACGACGAUUCUUCCGCAGAAGAAGCAGGGUCAGACGACAGCAGAUCAUCAGCUGUCGUUCCCGGCGAUGAAGGUGCGGGGAAGCGUGCUAAACCUGCGCGGCACACUCUAUCAUCUCGGUCGCGAACAUCACCAUUGACACCACAGCAAUCCUCGAGCAUGUCCAUUCCUCCGAUCAGAAUUCCAGGAGGGAAGAAGCCAAAGUUAUCCAUAGGCGAGAAUGACCAAGCGAUGACCCGGAAGGGCGCUGAGCGUCGACCGAGUGGCUUCCCGGGGUGA